AUGCCGAGCUUCGCCCGCAAUGUCGACUCACAAGGUAGCCAGGCUCGCUCGCCUCUUGCCCGGCUGGGUCUCCACUUUGUGAACUUGCAUCGCAAGGAGAACGACCUCGGCAGCGAUGCGAUUCGCCUCACGUUGACCGAACGCCGUCAGGUUCUCGCGCGCCCAAGGCAAUCCAGGUUUCAAACUCAAGUCACCUUGGCCGAAGACAAUGUUGGCGAGGCCGUCGCUCGCAAGCUCAGGGAGCGACGUCUGUUAGAUUUCCGCACAGUUCUGGUAACUUUCGUUGGUCGGCCAAACGAUGAGAUUGUGUCGAUACGGUGCACGGUCGUAAAGUCCGAAACAGUGAGUUACCAGUGGGCGGAAAAGAGAAGAAAAGCUACGGAAAAGACUCGCGCGCGCGCCGACCGCACUCCCUAAUUCCCUAAUACCCCACUGAUAAUAAACCAUGCCUAGAAUGCCUUGAUGCGCCAAACGCCCAAAUCCAACAACGUCGGGAUGUCGAGGGUCAUGGCCUCACGGGUGAUGCGAAGCACAUCGAGCAACUCGGGGAGCUCGGACUUGGCGGAGGGGACGUUCGUCGUCAGCAUCGCUGUCGCAGAAGCGGGAAUGGGGGUAGCUGAGGUUGCCAUGGUCGCCAUGGCUGCCAAACGGCGGCGGGGGGCGGAGACCGCCGACUUAGGGGCGCGCAACGUGCGAGCUGUCGCCGCCGGAGUCCGCGCGGUCGAAACAUGGCGAACCAUCGGCUGGACGCCCGAGCGCAGCGCGUGGUUGCGGAGCAUGUCCCUCGAAAGGGAUUUAAAAAAAACGUAA